GCAAAUUGAACCUUAAUUGAACGCAGCGCAGCUAAUGUCAUGUCAGUCAAAUUCAAUUGUCAAUUUUAGUUGUCAAUUUAAGACGUACGUGUGAUGACCCCUGACCGGUUGAGCGGUAUUGCUCAAAAAAUAUAAACUUAAAUCUCUGGGUUAUCUGGAAUUUCAAAAUAUAGUCAUAAUGGGUCGAUUCUUGACUCCAGAUAAAUUGGAAGGAUUUGAGAAAUACAAGUACAAUUCCAUUGACACCAGCGUGCUCAGCAAUUAUGUUAUGCAUCCAUUUUGGAAUUGGUGUGUUCAGUUUUGUCCUAUAUGGAUUGCCCCAAACCUGCUAACAUUUGCUGGGUUCCUACUCACUGUAUUUAACUUCCUGCUAUUCUCCUACUAUGAUUAUGGAUUUCAUGCCCUAACAGAAGAGAAUGUCACAAAUGAUCAUAUUCCUUCUUGGGUGUGGGCUGUGUCAGCUGUGAACUUGUUUGUGGCUUAUACAUUAGAUGGAAUCGACGGUAAACAAGCAAGACGCACCGGCACGAGCGGCCCUCUUGGCGAGCUGUUCGACCACGGCCUAGACUCGUACUCGUCAGUGCUGAUACCCACAUGUUUGUACAGCAUUUUUGGGAGAGAUGAACUGUCGCCUCUCAGAUUCUUCUUCGUAGUAUGGAACAUAUUUAUUAAUUUCUACCUAACGCAUUGGGAGAAAUACAACACGGGUGUCAUGUUCCUACCAUGGGGGUACGACUUCACGAUGAUCGGCUCGUGCCUGGUGCUGCUGGUGACGUCAGCGGUGGGGCCGCGCGCGUGGCAUGUGCCGCUGCCGGGCGGCGUGACGCCCGGGCUCGUGUUCGAACUGGUGCUUUACUUCUCAGCCAUGAUCACCAGCCAGACCGUCAUAUUGUGGAACAUUUACAAGUCGUACCGAGACGGCACUGGCAAGAUGCGUUCGUUGACGGAAGCGGUGCGGCCUCUAGUGCCCGUGGUGGUAUUCUUCGCGUUGAGUUCCACGUGGGCGGUCUAUUCACCCAGUGACGUCAUCAACCGCGGCCCCAGGCUGUUCUACCUGCUCACUGGCACUAUAUUCUCCAAUAUCAAUUGCCGUCUCAUCGUUUCCCAAAUGAGCGACACCCGUUGCGAGGCGUUCAACAGUCUGUUGAUACCAUAUGCUUUAGUAAUGGCGAUGGUAUUCUACUUACGGGUCUCGCCAAUGACUGAACUAAUGCUCUUAACAACACUAUGCAUCGGCAGCUCUUUAGCGCAUAUUUACUACGGCACUAAAGUGGUAAGUGAAGCAUUUAUUUACCCUACUCAACCUUAUAACCAUAACAUAAUUAAAAAGCGAGAUUGCAUCAGACACACACAUAAUACCUAUAAAUAAAUUUUCAAUCGAGCGAGCGAGACAGAACAGUAAGUUUCAUCGUUAGCGUGAGCGAUUCGGCGAGUACACGACUAUCGGCAACCGAAUGCAGAUUCCUUUUUCUCUCUCUAAAAACGGAGGAGCUGUGUUGUUGUCCUUUUCUUCACAACAAAUGACAUAUUGAAAGUUUCAUGCCGGCGCUUAUGGCUAUUAUAUAAUUGCGAUUUGUAAACUUGACAACAGUUUCUCCUUUUCACUGCCUAUAGAGCAUGAUAAGGAUAACCUGCGGUCAAAAUGACAAAUAGCAAAUACGAAUAACUAUGUGAAUUGCCGGCAUCAUAACAAACCGUGUUUUUUAAGAAAAUUAAAGUUUUUAUAGUAUUACGAAUGAAAAGCAAUGCCGUGGAAUUUUUUACUUGUUAAGCAUCGAAGGUUGUAGCAUGUAGGUUGUUGUAAGCAUCGAAGGCAUUAUUUUAUCUUUUUAACUGAGAAUAUCCGCAAUUUUGUUUUUCAAGUACCCAUGCAGCGUGUUUGAUUGUCAAAUCGUGACAAAAGCAAACUUAAGCGGCUUACCUAGUGCCGUAUCUUCCUUUUUUUAUUUCAUCUAAGUUUUUAACAUUUCAAAUUAUAAAAAAAAUAUUUUUCAUGAUACCAAGACAAGUACCUUCCAAUGUGAUAGUUUUGUAUUUUAAUGAAAUGUCAUUAAUGUAUAAUUAGGAUUUGCUAGUUAUCAUGCAAUAAAAACAAAGGUAACCGAGACUAACGCCCAAUAACCUAACUUAAAACGUAAUAUUUUAUCAAAAGUAAUGUAAUAAAUCAAUAUUAAACAUAAUGUGUCGAAUGUUGAUUUGAUUUAUUAGCUGAAAUACACCUAGAUGAACUAAUAUUCUUAGUUCAUCUACGUGUAUUUGAGUUAUGACGCGAAUAUCUCAACUAAGGUUCGCGCACAUUAUGAAGGGCCGCAGCACAAUGCAAAUGCUUACUUAGCACAUUAGUAGCGGGCCGGAUCGCAGCGCAUUGCCGAAUUUUGGUUAUUAUGUUCUGCCAGACUUCCGUGCAACGGUACGUUAUGGACAGCUCUGACGAAGAAUUAUCUUGUAUUUUACCUGUAGGUAUAGCUAUUUGUAUCCAUGAACUAAAUUAAUCAAAAGCUCUUCAUCUAUUCUUGAGAACACCACAGAAGCACUCAAAUACAAAAAAAACGAGCGAGCCUUAGAGUAGACGCGUAUGAUGUGUAACAUUUGAAACC